CGCUUGCCCGAGACCCGGAAGUGACGGGCUGGGGGUUGCGGGGAGCGGGUGAACUGGUCGUCGGCCUGGGUCAGUUCGGGUCAGGACUGUUCUCUGGACGGCCAUCGGCGCCCACAGGCACUCCCGCCACGCUUGGCCUUCACCAGGUAGAGGGCUUGGAGUGCAGCGUCCAUGUCUGUCCAGAGGUCAGCGAGUGAAGUGUGUGGGACACCCAGUAACGGCGGCCAGGCAAGCAACAUUGAACUAACUGAACUGCUGGAUGACAAGCCCAAGCAACAGGCUGGUGGGAACUCUGCAGCUGUAAGUGCCUUUGGCGGAAUGGAAGUUAAGACAGACCCUGGAACACAGAAUGAGGAGGAAGAGGAAGAGGAGGUGCGAGUACUGACCCUCCCUCUUCAGGCUCAUCAUGCAAUGGAGAAGAUGGAGGAGUUUGUGUACAAGGUUUGGGAGGGCCGUUGGCGAGUGAUCCCUUAUGACGUGCUUCCUGACUGGCUGAAGGACAAUGACUAUCUCCUUUAUGGACACAGGCCACCAAUGCCCUCUUUUCGAGCUUGCUUCAAGAGCAUCUUUAGAAUUCACACAGAGACCGGUAACAUCUGGACGCAUCUGUUGGGUUUUGUCUUUUUCUUGGGCCUGGGAAUCCUGACUCUCCUGAGGCCCAAUAUGUACUUCAUGGCCCCCCUGCAGGAGAAGGUGGUCUUCGGAAUGUUCUUCCUGGGAGCUGUCCUCUGCCUCAGCUUCUCCUGGCUCUUCCACACGGUGUACUGCCAUUCUGAGAAAGUCUCCAGAACGUUCUCCAAAUUGGACUAUUCAGGAAUCGCCUUGCUCAUUAUGGGCAGCUUCGUGCCCUGGCUGUAUUAUUCAUUCUACUGCUCCCCCCAGCCCCGGCUCAUCUACCUCGGGAUUGUUUGCGCUCUAGGGAUAUCAGCCAUUAUCGUUGCUCAGUGGGACCGAUUUGCAACACCUAGGCACCGGCUUACAAGAGCAGGGGUGUUUCUCGGUCUAGGCCUGAGUGGUAUAGUACCCACUCUACAUUUUACCAUCGCUGAAGGCUUUGUAAAAGCAACAACUGUUGGACAGAUGGGCUGGUUUUACCUGAUGGCGGCUAUGUACAUCACUGGGGCUGGGUUGUAUGCAGCUCGCAUUCCAGAACGCUUCUUCCCCGGAAAAUGUGAUAUCUGGUUCCAGUCGCACCAGUUGUUCCACGUGCUGGUGGUGAUUGCAGCCUUUGUUCACUUCCACGGAGUUUCCAACCUGCAGGAAUUCCGAUAUGGGCUCGAAGGAGGGUGCACAGAUGACUCGCUGCUCUGAACCCCAGGACUGUUGCACAAAAUUCUUAAUGACGAGACCUAAAGUGCAUUGAAUAUUCUCUUUCUUCGGUUCCUUUUACAAAACAAAUUGUCGCUCGCCUAGCCUCCCCCCUCCAAGAAAAAACAAUUUUUUAAAGGACAGCUUCUUUUUUUCAGUGAACUGUGUGAAGGCAAGGCAGAAUCAGGCUGGGUGAAUGUUAGUGAGAUUGUUAGUCCCUGCCAGACCUCUAGUCUCAGUAACUUUGUUUGGAAAUGCCCCAAUAAGAAGGCAACACUAAGGACAAUGGUCUAACAGCUGGAGAAUAAACUUGGCUGGUGGUGGUCUCAUUAGCCUAUUGGAAACCCUUGCAGUUGGAGCAGAAAUGAACCUCGACAGUACUACAACAAAGCAACAUCUCAAAUUCAAACGUCACUCUUCACGUAAAAAUACAAUCCCCAGCUUCACGGGAACACAAUCAUACUAAAUUUGACACUAAGCCACACAGGGUGGUAAAUAACUAAAAGGUAGAUUUUAAAAGCAGUUAAAUGGAAGGGCAGGCACCAGUGCUGGAGAGCCUAUUCCUGUGGGGCUCCACAGCCCAGAGCAGAGGAGCACGGGUUUCAGAGGGAUUUGGGGCUGGAGGAGAUUACAGAGUUGCAGAUGGGAGGAGAGGAGAGAGGCCAAGGGAAGUUUAAAGAAAGUGAGAAGACUGAAAUCGCGUUGCGCCUAUCCAGAUGCCCAUCUGAAUCAGACCAUUUGAGGAUGUUGUAAGAAUUUUGAUGAUGUUGUUUAUGGAAUGUAGAAGUAAGGAUGCCAGGGACGUCGUGAAGCACCAUGUUUUGUCAGUUGACAGGCGGGUUGUGUUGGGGGAGAGAGGAGUGUACGCCACAAGGUUGGAGCCAGGCAGUAUUUCUGAAGAGGUGGAUUAAGUAUGUGGGGAUGUCAUACUUGGAGUCAAAAUGACACUAAAACUGUACAGUCUCAGGCAAGUGCAAUAGAGAACUAGAAGUGAUGGCUCGUGAGCUGAGUAUGUGGAAGCGGCUGGGUGUACUGGCUUCAAUUGUCCCAAUGCGCGUUUUGAGGGGAAUUUCUGCACAUUCGGUGUAAGAGAUCGAUAAACUGCCUGAUAAUUUGGAGAUGUUGAAAGAAAGCUGAUGGCGAGGUGAGCUGGAUUGUCCGUGUUUUGUAGAUGUGUAAUGUAAGUGAACCUCUCCUUUAGAGGAUGCAAGGGAGAUAACAUUACAUGGGUGAGAAGAGAAGUUACUUUGAACAAUGCUUUAGCUAUGCCUGGGUGACAUGGGUGAUAGGAAUGGAGCAAGGAGACUAUGCUCAGUGGCUUUGGAUGAAGAUGGUGUGGUCAGCCUAGUCAGGGGAAGCCAUAACUGGAUUGGGAGGUGAGGGGAGAGAGGGAUUACACUUGUCCAUUCACAUAAGAUACACUCUGGGUUUGCUUCAUGUCUGGAGAAUGCUAGUACUGUAUAUUGAGCACGUUCAGAUUCCUUUCUCUGUGAUCUACUGAGCUGCUCCUCUUCAGCAGCUGAAAUCUGUUGGUAAGCACUGUGACUGAGUGUGGGGCGGGAAUAAAACUAGCAGAGCAAUAGUGCUGAUGAAAGGGCACUUUAUAGCAGGUGAUGUAGGUAGUGCACAGUAUUUAUUUAAAGGGGGCUUUAAGAUUGCUUAUAGAUAUGUAUAUUUCUUCACAGGCAUUGUAAAUUAAUUUUUAGGGGGGGAGAGUAACAAUGUACAGAAUUUAUGUAGCAGUACUUGAUCUGACAUUGAUGAUGUAAUCUACCCUGCAAUAAAAAAGAUUGGACUAGG